AUGACACAAAACAAUCACUUCUCUAGUUUUACCAAUACCGCUGAAGAACCAACAAAAGCCUUGACACCAAUCAGAGGAUAUCAGACAAAAAAUCUAGUAUCACUGGAGGAGGUAUUGGAUGAAGUGAAUCCACCUGUUCUUGACGUAGCUACCAUGAUAUGGCUAGUAAAACAGGAUUCGUCUGAUCCGCCGAAUGUACUAACUACUGAUAAAUCAGCAGCCACCCGCCUGUAUACAAAGGAGUGGUGCGAAGCAAGCCAAAGUGUCUACUCGAUAUUAAAUAAGAAACUCCGUUUGUGGUUCUCGUAUCUGAAAUGA